CGCGUUAACCCUCCCAGGAGGUCCCGGCCGCCAGAAUUGCGCGUUCCUACCAAGCCUUGUUUCCCAGCCGGGCCCCGGGAGCAUGUCCUGAUUGGCUUGCUCUGAAGGCGGAGACGGGACUUCUUUGAGACUAGGACCACUUCCUGAAGCGCGGGGCAGGAAGUUGUUUGGUGUAGCUGGAGUCCCGUGGAGAAAGUGCUGUGUGCUGCAUUGGUAGUGGCGCGAGCGGCUCGGUCUUGCUGCAGUUAGUGCCGGUUUCCAUCGUAGCACCACGGCCCCUCUUCCAGCUCCGAGCCCGGCGCGGCUGCCCGGGGGGCUCCUUCAGCCUCCUUGACGCCGCUCCAAGGGGCGCGUACCUAGCCAUCGCCUGGGUCUCCAGCCUGGAGACUAGCUCCCGGCUUCCGCUCUCCGAGCCGCAGUAAGAAGGGCCCUUGUCACCCUCGCUCUGCCUUCCUCUCUCAACUCUCGAGACCCUGGUCCAGAGCGGCAGCCUUGGACCUCGGACUAGACGGAUCCAAGACGCUCAGCCCAGACCCCCCUCAGACAGGGCUUUUCAUCGUGUCUAAAAUGUCACCCACCAUCUCCCACAAGGACAACAGUCGGCAACGACGGCCAGGGUCUUUCAACCCCUCCCUGGAUAUGAAGAGCGGCCCUCUGCCGCCGGGCAGCUGGGAUGACACUCAAGUGGAGUGGGUGGGCGGAGAAGGGGACAAAGAAGCUUUUCUUUCGGAGGUCAGCACCGGUGAUUUCCCAAAACCACCGAGGAGUUGCCAGGCCGAAUUAAGCAGCAUUUUCCUGUUGCUUUUUCUUUACGUACUUCAGGGCAUUCCUCUGGGCCUGGCGGGAAGCAUACCACUCAUUUUGCAGAGCAAAAAUGUUAGCUAUACAGAUCAAGCUUUCUUCAGUUUUGUCUUUUGGCCCUUCAGUCUCAAAUUGCUCUGGGCCCCAUUGGUUGAUGCGGUUUACUUUAGGAACUUCGGUCGUCGCAAAUCUUGGCUUGUCCCUACACAGUAUACACUGGGAAUCUUCAUGAUAUAUUUAUCCACUCAGGUGGACCGUUUGCUCGGGAAUACCGAUGGCAGAACCCCCGAUGUGGUUGCUCUCACAGUGACAUUCUUUUUGUUUGAAUUCCUGGCCGCCACUCAGGAUAUUGCUGUGGAUGGUUGGGCAUUAACUAUGUUAUCCCGGGAGAACGUGGGUUAUGCUUCUACUUGCAAUUCAGUGGGCCAAACAGCGGGCUACUUUUUGGGCAAUGUUUUGUUUUUGGCCCUUGAAUCUGCCGACUUCUGUAACAAGUAUCUGCGGUUUCAGCCACAACCCAGGGGCAUCGUUACUCUUUCAGAUUUCCUUUUUUUCUGGGGAAGUGUAUUUUUGAUAACAACAACUUUAGUUGCCAUUCUGAAAAAAGAAAACAAAGAGGUAUCAGUAGGAAAAGAAGAAACCCAAGGGAUCACAGAUACUUACAAGCUGCUUUUCGCAAUUAUAAAAAUGCCAGCGGUUCUAACAUUUUGCCUUCUGAUUCUGACUGCAAAGAUUGGUUUCUCAGCAGCAGAUGCAGUAACAGGACUGAAAUUGGUGGAAGAGGGAGUGCCGAAAGAACAUUUAGCCUUACUGGCAGUUCCGAUGGUUCCUCUGCAGAUCAUACUGCCUCUGAUCAUCAGCAAGUACACGGCAGGGCCCCAGCCACUGAACGUAUUUUACAAAGCUAUGCCCUACAGAUUAUUGCUUGGACUAGAGUAUGCUCUGCUGGUUUGGUGGACUCCUAAAGUAGAACAUCAGGGGGGGUUCCCUGUGUAUUACUAUGCUAUAGUGCUGCUGAGUUAUGCGUUACACCAGGUUACUUUGUAUAGCAUGUAUGUUUCCAUAAUGGCUUUUAAUGCAAAGGUUAGUGAUCCACUCAUUGGAGGAACUUAUAUGACCCUUUUAAAUACCGUGUCCAAUCUGGGAGGAAACUGGCCUUCCACCGUAGCCCUCUGGCUUGUCGACCCCCUCACGGUGAAAGAGUGUGUAGGAGCGUCAAACCAGAAUUGUCGAACACCUGGUGCUGUUGAGCUUUGCAAAAAACUCGGUGGCUCGUGUGUUACAGCACUGGAUGGUUAUUAUGUGGAAUCCAUCAUUUGUGUGCUUAUUGGAUUUGGGUGGUGGUUCUUUCUUGGUACAAAAUUUAAAAAGUUACAAGAUGAAGGACCGUCUUCAUGGAAGUGCAAAAGGAGUAAUUAAUGCAUUCACUACUGGGCAUUGUGAGAAAGGUAACUAUAGUUUAGUUUUAAUUCAGAGAGCUAUGAUAAUCAGUGUACAGGACACAAAAUGUUGUUUUCAACAAGGAAAUUAUUACUAUAAAUGCCAAAUGGUUAAAAAACAGACCUCUCUCCAUACAUGAUUAUACUUUUCCUUGCCUUGUCAAUGUAUUUACAGUUUACUUAAGGUCAGGAAAUGGGUUCUGAAAUAACUUGCCUGGCCUUCUUACUUGAUUUCUGUCUUUCAAAUGGACUGACCAAAGUGUGUUUUAAGCAGCAGUGCAGUAGCCAUGCGUGGUGCCUGUGCAGUCGAGUAUUGUUAUCGGUGUCUGUCACUGAGCUAUAUUUAAAAUUUUGAUAAAAUAUAGUAAGUGGAAAAGAGCUUGAUAUUCCCAUACUAACUGUAAUACUCCUGGCCUGUUGAAAGUUAAAUCUUGUUCUGAAUUGCAAAUUGUUAAAUUCCUCGUGGAAUUUCCUGAGAAGAGAAUUUAGACCACUGACUGAAAUGCUACUUUAGUUGUUGUUUUUCUGACCACAACCAUGUAAUACUCUUGAAUCUGUGUUAAAAAGUCUAUUUUAAAUGUAGUUCCUGCUUUUUGUAGGCAUUAAAGAUUUAUAAAAUUAUUCAAACUAUUUUUUAUAGAAUGAAAGCUAUGAUCUUUAAUUUAUUGAUUCCCCUGUACACCCUUUUUGGGAAGAUAUUUUGAUUCCUCGUUAACUUUUACCCUAAUGCUCACACAUGUUUUUUGCCACAAGCGCUACAUGGCACACAGAAGUCUCAUUAGCGGGUCAAAGGUAGUGUUGUGUGUGUGUUCUUAGCACAAGUGUUGGAGACAACAAUUGGAUGCUUCGCCCUGGCUGGCGUAGCUCAGGAUUGAGCUCGGGCUGUGAACCAAAGUGUUGCAGGUUCGAUUCCCAGUCAGGGCACAUGCCUGGGUUGCAGGCCACAGCCCCCAGCAACUGCACAUUGAUGUUUCUCUCUCUCUCUCUCCUUCCCUUCCCUCUCUAAAAAAUAAAUAAAUAAAAUCUUUAAAAAAAAUUGGAUGCUUCCUUCAAGUACUUUUUUUUUUUUAUGGAGAGAAAAGCUUUCAGAUUAAGUAAAAUUUAAGUGAGUAAUACUGUAAUUUUUUUUAAAUGUUCUAUCUAAGGAGAGGAACAAAGACAUUUUGUGCCUUUGACAAAUUAAAUUGUGGUGGAAGAAUGGUUCUUAAUUAAGCACUUUACUAGUGAGAAAAGAUCUCACAUUUACUUUAUAUCAAAUCAGGUACUGUAUUUCCACUUAUUAAAACACGGUCUUCUGUUUGUAAACUAUAGUCUCCAGUAGAGAAUUGCUAUUCCAGGAAAAUUAAGCUUUUCAGUACAUUUAGCAAUUUCCACAUAAUUAUGUUCACCCGGUAAUAGAGUUCUUUGUGUAUUUUGUAUUGUGUGUUACUCUGACUUUUAAAAGAUUACAAAUCCUUCAAAAGAGAAAAAGAGAGGUAAAUAGAGUCUUACUUAAUAUUUUUUGUGGAAGAAUAUAUACUGACUCCUGAUUUUGUUAAUUUUGUAACAUAGGUCGAAUGUUAGAGUGGGGUUUUUAUAAGUAACGGAGGAUAAAAUGGGUGGGAGGAAGUGGCACCCAGCAUCUGAAGAAAGACCGCGGCGGCGGCCUCUAGCGCUCGCGCAUCCCCGUUGCAGAGCCGGAGCUGGGCAUUGACUUGGAUCCUGAGGAAUCACCUGGAAGCUUAUCCAGAGACAAGGAGUCUACGUCAGACAGUAGGCUGCAGUACUUCAUUCCAUGGGUUAUGCAUUAUCAUGUGUUAUAAUCAACAUGUUUACUUGAAUAAAGAAAAAAUUCACUUAA